AUGAAUAAAAGUCAUGAAUUCACUCAUCUUAUUCAUACAACUAUUAAUGCUAAUAAUUAUCAAUUACAAUCAACUGAUUUAACUGUAUUAUGUUUAUGUAUUACAUUAAUUAUAUUAACAUGGUUAACUAAUUGUAUUCUACUUGGUGGUAUAUUACAAACAAAAGGAAAUGCAAUAGCUGCUUUAUUACAUGUAACAUUAAAUUUACCACCAUCAAUUGUGAAUAUAUUAUUUGAUACUUUAUUUUGUAAUUUAACAUUUUUACAAACAUUCUUUUCAAGUUUAGAUACAUAUUUACGAUUAAAGAAUCCAAUAUUUUAUUUAUCCUCAUCAUAUAGAAGACCAGCAUUAUGGUUAAAAAUAGGUUCACCAUGGUUUAUGGCUUGUAUACAAUCCAUUGGUCAGAUAACAUUAAGUGAUCGUCGUCAUGUUAAAUUAUACACUGGUACAAUCGAAACAUCAUCAUCAUCAUCAUCAUCAUCAUUAUCAUCAGUUACAUCAACAACUUAUAAAGAAAGAUAA